CCUAACUUCGCUCUCCUUUCACUUCUAACCUCCUUGCAUUUCAAUUCGUCGCCGCCACUCAAGACUCUGGAAAAUGGGACGCUACUGCCAACUCGUCAUGGGCCCCGCCGGCAGCGGCAAGUCAACCUACUGCCAGACAAUCAUGCAGCACUGCGAGGCCGCCAAGCGCCGCGUGCACCUGGUGAACCUUGACCCGGCCGCCGAGCGCUUCGAGUACCCGCCCACAAUUGACAUCCGCGAGCUGAUCACCCUGGAGGACGUAAUGGACGAGCUGGGCUAUGGCCCGAACGGCGGCCUGAUCUACUGCUUUGAGUUUCUGAUGGAGAAUCUCGACUGGCUGGAGGACCAGCUCGGCGACUAUGAGGACGACUAUCUGAUCCUCGACUGUCCCGGCCAGAUCGAGCUCUACACGCACAUUCCGAUUAUGCGUCAGAUCGCCCAGCUGCUGCAGCAGUGGAGCUUCCAGGUCGUCGGUGUGUACUGCCUCGAGAGCCAGUUCAUCGAGGACACUGCAAAGUACUUUGCCGGCGUCAUGAGCGCCACGUCUGCUAUGAGCAUGCUGGAGAUUCCCCACAUCAACGUCAUGACCAAGAUGGACCUUGUCUCCGACGACGUCAAAAACAACAUGGACCGAUUCUUUGAUCCCGACCCCCUGCUGCUGGCUGAGGACGCCAACCAGGCCACCAGCGAGAAAUUCAACGACCUCAACCAGGCCAUUGCCAGGCUGAUCGAUGAGUUCAGCAUGGUCAGCUUCCUCCCGCUCGACAUCAAGGACGAGGACUCGGUCGCCUACGUCCUGUCCCACGCCGACAACGCCAUCCAGUGGGGCGAGGACCAGGAGCCCAAGGAGCCCAACGACGAGGUCGAGCUCCCCGAGGACUAAGUACCCGCAACUGUUUUUGAGAGUACAUAAAUUGUAUCUACUGCCUUU